AUGCUCUUCUGUAUGAAGAUACCAUCGGCCAUUAUAUUAUGGAUAGUACCGUUACUGCUGAUCCCUUUGUGUUCUGCGAAUAGUAGAAACAGCAGCAACAAGGUGAGUUUGAUUUGUUAAAUUUCAGAUAAUCGGGACUUGAUAUCAGUAAUUAAUCCAGAAAGUUAAUGAUCGUUGACUGCAUUUUUCAUUUGCUAGAAAAAAUGGAAUAAAAUGAAAUGGAAUCAAUGAAAGUAUGAGUCAGAAUGAUUGUCGUAACAUCCGGCGCCGUUUUCAACAUUUUUUUUUGUGAUACGUAGUCAUGUUUUAAGCAUCAGUUUUAACUAUCUGAAUUAUACAUAGUAAUGGUAGAAUUUAUAAUCGAAAUGGAUAGUCCCCUAGUCAAAUAAUUUAAAUGCACAGGAAAUGAAUAGUUGAAGAAUAAUAAAAUGAUCAUUAGUAGUUGAAUUGUUGCUCAACUGAAUGAACGAACGAUGGAGUUGAUAUACAUAUAUAUAAAUAAGUGAAUCUAGCAGUGAGAGUUAUGUAGUGUCAGAGGCGAAAAGAAGAGUCCUUCAAGCGUCUUGUGCUAUUGUACUUAGCUUAUAUCUGCUUUUAUCUAUUAUUGUUAUUAUUAUUAAUUAACAUUUAUUGUCAAUUAUUUAAUUACUUAUUCUUCAAAGGCCAUUUAAGAAACAAACAUCCCCAAGAAGUGCAUUAACUCCAAAUUAAAGAGAAUGAAUAAUGCAUUGAUCUUUUUUUUAUUUCUUCCCUUAAUUUCCUCAACAGAAUUCCCAACAUGGCUCUUGUGGUUACUCUCCGUGUUCACCCUGCGCACCGGGGAUACCGGGCAUCCCAGGAAGCCCGGGACCCGCGGGACCAGUUGGUUCAACAGGAUCACCAGGGAAUAACGGACCCGAAGGACCUAUGGGUCCACGAGGAGUCAAAGGCGAUGAAGGACCCCGUGGAAAACAGGGACUUCCAGGCCCCAGGGGAGGUACAGGG